UGUCGCGAGAGCGGUGGCCAUGGCGCUGCUGCGGGCGCUGCUGCUGCUGCUCUCCAGCCCGCGGCUCGUGGAGCGCCUCUCGGAGUCGCGGCCCAUCCGCGCCGCCGCUCGGGUCACCGCCAGCGCCCUCACCCGCGGCCAGCGCGACCUGGCCCCGCGCCUGCUUCGCCUGCGCGACGCCUUCCUCGCCGAGCUCAAGGACGGCGCCCGCGCGCGGGGGUGGCCGUGGCCGCGCGGGCCGGGCCGUGGCGGCCGCCCCGGAUCUGCGCCGUGAUCGCCGCUCCGAGCGGUAGCAGCUGCGGACAGCGCCCGGGAGGAACGGGAACCGAGCGCACGGAGCGCGCUGGAAACGGCGGGAGAAGGGCCCCGGGCGCUGGUGACAGCGGGGCCCCGGCGGUGUCCAAGCUGUGGAUGGCGAGCUGCGGACUGGACGGUGCGUUCCACAUGGCAUGGCCUGGACUGACUCCUCGGGAAAGCAUGAACACGGGACGCUGCUCCUCAUCGCUUUCAUGGAUUUCUAUUUCAGACAGUAUACAUCUUCCGCGGUUCUCAGGAACAAGCAGACUCGCUUUAUAAUCACCCACAAUGCUGUGAAGAUUGUCACUUGAAGUGCUGAUAAAGAACUUGAAAUAAAACCACAAUUCUCACGGGA